GUCGCGUUUGUCCCGCAUCGCGCCCCUCGUGUCGCUGGCAUCCAUCCAACAUGCCCGAGGUCAUUGACCUCAUCUCCUCAGAUCCACCCCUCCCUGAGGGGCCUAGAUUUCAGCAUGUGCCGGCCAAGUCACGGCAGGCUGCGGUUGGGCUGCCAGCCAACUCGAGGCUGACUUCGUCCAGUUUUGUCGAUGUUUCUGCCAUGUCCGACGACUUUCUCGACAAGCCUGCGAAGAAACGCCGAGUCAGCAACGAAAAGCGCUCGCCUCCCAGGCAAAGCGUCGUGAACAUGAGGUCACCACGGCCAGAUCCACCUGUGUUCUCCUUCUCGGACGACGAUUUCAGCCUGCCACCGUCAAAUCCCAGAGCGCAGAAGAAGUGCCAGGGACGCGAUGCCGAAGAAUCCGAUCCUAUCGUUUUCACAUCAUCUGCACCGGAACCUUCCAAGAAACAAAACUCCACCUGGUCGAGACCAAACCACACACAGUCCGAAGUGAUCACGCUAGACGAUGACGAUGACGAUCUUUGGAAAUCAAUUGGCAACGAAAGUACAAGAGGUGGAAGGCAGGAUGAAAUACAGGAGUUCAGUGACCCCUUUGGGCUUGACGAUUUCGAUGACUCGUUUGCACUCUCGGGACCGGGUGUUUCCGCUUCCAAAUCGGGGUUCUCCAGCAAGACUGCUGCCUUAUUAUCUACCCUGAAAGCCGCAACCAAGGGAACAAACUCCCGAUCUAACAACAAGGCUGGAUCUCGCCCUAGCAAACGCAAAGAAGCCACCAUGGAUCCUUCGGCGAUUGGAGAUUUCUCUGAUGAUCUGGACGGGCCUGCUGAGCCGCGACAAAAGGCGAAGAAAUCUGGCAAGCUCACCACCGAAGAGAAGGAGGCCAGGGCACAGGCUCGGGCUGACGCUAAAGCGCAACGAGAUCUCGAACGCCAACUUGAGAAAGAGCGAAAACAGAAACUGAAGGAGGAAAAGGCCAAGGAGAAGCGACUGGUUGCGGACAUUGCUGAAGUCAAUAAGCUUAAAGUGGAUAGAAAGGAUUCUACCGAAGAGAUGAUCCUGGACAUUUCGUGUUCGUUCGAAGAAACGAGUGUUGGCAAUCAAGCCGUCGAGUUCAUGAAGCGUCUAAAAGUCGAGUAUCAAUUCUUCAGCGGCCCAAUUCCGAACAUUGUCAAGUGGCGGCGAAAGAUGAAUGCCAGAUACAACAAAGAAGCCGGUUAUUGGGAACCCGCUGCAUUCCACAUCUUGGAAGAGAAACAUGUGCUCUGCUUGGUUACCGCGCAAGACUUUGUUGAAAUGGUCAUUGACUCUCCACCCGGCGAGGAAAGAGAGCCAUUGGAAGCGCAUGUCUUGAAGAUCAAGAGCGCCUACCCCGGAUAUACGGUCAUUUACCUCGUUGAAGGGCUCACAGCUUGGAUGCGCAAAAACAGUAAUUCUCGCAACAGGGCAUAUGUAGCCGAGGUGUUGAGUCAAUACGAACCUGAACCAGAGGCAGCUUCGAGUCAAGUACCUGCACCGCCCCGUCGAGGCAGGAAACCGAAACGCAAACCAGAGACUACUCCACCUGUUGAUGAUGACACGAUUGAAGAUGCUCUCCUCGCAUUACAAGUGACACAUUCAUGUUUGAUUCACCACACUGCCGCGGCCCUAGAGUCCGCGGAAUGGAUCAAGAACUUUACGGAGCAUAUUUCUACGACACUCUAUCGGUGGGAACGAAUGGAUGCACAUGACUCGAAUUUCUGCAUGGAAAGUGGCCAGGUCAAGCCUGGCGAAGACAAACUUGAUGUUUUUGUGAAGAUGCUCCAGGAAGUGAAUCGAGUCACUGCCCCAAUGGCAUACGGUAUAUCAUCGCGAUACUCUUGUGUUACCGACUUGAUUCGCGGUAUGCAAAUACAUGGGCCAACAAUGCUGGAGGACGUUAAGAAAAGCGCAAAUAAGAAUGGAGCUUUGUCUGAUGCUCGCGUGGGCCCGGCAGCCAGCAAGCGAUUGUACAAAGUCUUCACUGGGCUGGACCCAACCUCCACAGACAUUUAGCAAGAUUUGGUGAUAUCAGAGUUGAUAUUUAUUGUGCAUUUUUUUUCAGUGCAGUGCAGUGCAAUCACAGGACAGGUGAUGGCUGUUUUAGGUAUCUUGGUCGCAGUCCAAUUGUCCUUGUCUGUUGACGGGAGACAACGAUAGUACAUACAUCUCUUGGGCUUUAUGGUGUAAGCCCUUACGUCGUUACGAACAUUAAUCCUGGUUUCUCCCUUUGCAAAUUCCAUAUCUCACUACAUUUUGAAGGUUUCCAAACCUUUAUUGGAAAGAUCGUUCCAGUUUCAAGC